CGAGGAAGGCGAGGUAGGCCGUCCGGAGAACGCCUGGGGGUCUUUAUGCCUCGCAGGUCCGCUUCCGGAGUGAGGAGCCGGGCGGGGUCGGCCUCCCCGGGCCACCAGAGGAGCCCCAGGGCGUCGCCCGGAUGGUGCGGAAAGAGCCCCGGGGCAGCCCUGCCGCCCUCCACGCGCUGGGCACUCCGGCCCCUCACAGCAGCCUGGCCUUGGGGGCGGAGGUCCAGGCGACGCGGGAGCAGGCCUUCGAUGCCCGGCAGGCGGCAGAGGAACUGGUGCAGCACUCGUUCGUGGCCCGCUGCGCCGUGGGCGCUCACGUAGGCGAGGGUCUGAACAUUCCCCGGGACCAGCAGCUCUACCAGGGCCUCAUCAGCCUGCAGGUGCCAGCAGAUGAAUUGAUCAACUCUGCUGUGCAGGAGAAACUUGCCCUCGCCCAGUACCAUCCUGGAGGCAGAAAGGCCAGAGGAGCUGUUCACAGAGACCCCCGUCCUGGAGGUGGAGGGGCUGCCACCCCUGAAGCUUCAGGCACAGAGGCGAGAUCCAGCCACCACGUUCCUUAUGUACCGGAAGCUGCAGCAGUGGGCGAGUUGAGGAAGGACAGAGACCACACGCCGGGCCCUCCUGCUGGCCCGCUUUCUAGAGACACGGACUUGAGCCACCUUGCUGGUGGCCAUUCACUCAGAAGCAUCGCUCAACCCCCUCCCGACACUUUAUACAUAAAUUAUAACUGCCACUGGAUUGCGUGGUUUUUCACUUUACUGCCAAAAGGAUUCACAUCGAAGUACACGUCAGACAUGUUUCUUGCUGCAAAGGACUUGUUCUGGCAGUUUUUCUUCAACGCCAGCACUGCCCUUUGCCCAUCGAGAGAGCACGAGCCCACCCUUCAGGAGCAAGUUGCUCUUUACUACCCCUCCCCCUUCCCUCCAGAGAUUGGGACAGCAGCUGGUAAUAAUCUGUAGGCUUUAUU